AUGUCUAGUCUCGCUGCCCAACUCGCUCAGCAUGCGUCGCUCAACUCUGCCCUUCUUGUGGAUAGAUCUCGUCGCAAACCAACAUCGUCCUACCUAUUCGCUGACAAAGAAGCCGACCAGCAUGAUCUAGAGUCAAUUUAUGCCCUGGCCGUCAACGCCUUUAUCCAGUUGUCAUCCAUCUCCCCAUCACUUCGUUCAUACGAGGACCAAUUGUUUUCAGAUCAGGCUAAAGCCACAGAUCGCACACUCCUUUCAACCGAAGCCAACGACGAGCUUGACGAAGCUAUAGGGAAGUUUCUGGCCUUAUUAGGGCCGCAUUUAAUGGAGGCACCAGCCGGAAGGGUCGUCGAAUGGCUUGUGAGGAGGUUUCGCAUUAACGAAUUCAAUCUCGACGCCACAUUGUCUCUCUUUCUUCCCUACCAUGAGUCUCCACACUUCGCCAAAAUGGUCACCAUUCUUCACAUCAAGCCCAAUACCCUUUGGGACUUCCUCCUCCCAUAUAAAAGUGCAGGCCAAACGCUCUCUCGAGUGUCCCUGGUGACAGAAAUGCUUCGGAACUCCGACGUCGCGCGUUUUGUGGCAUCGCUUCUCCCUUCAGCCAUUAAAGAGGGGUCCGUCCAUCGCGUCCAGCUAGCUUUUAAUGCAGCGACUCUGCACGAAUUCAUCAAGCGCAGCAAAUCUUUGGAUGAAGGCACCCUCGCUUACCUCAUUCCUGCGCUACUUGAGCCUUUGCAACAGAAAACUCCCGCACCAACGAAAGAUGCCAUUCUCGGAAGUUACAUCCUUCUCGCCGCUCUGUCGCAGAAAUAUCAAAUUGCCGCUCCAGCUCUAAAGGUGAUUGUAGGUGGUAUGGCUAGAUGCGCCCACCAGGUGUCCACGAAACAGUUUCUUGGCUCCCUUGUUGCUGUGUGUGAGCCGCAGUCAGAGCUUGAAUGCUUUUCCGACAAAACGAUCAAAGCUUUAUUACGAAUUUCCGGAAUAAACGACGAAAUCUCAAUCAUAUCAAGCUGGAUUGGCGUAGAGAAGGUUCUCACACCACUCAUAAAAGCUCUAAGUCACAAGUUGGCGGAUGAACGAGCAUUAUUCCUAAUGGAAACAAUCAUUGUACUUAACAAUGUCCCGGAAGCUAUCUUUGCUCAGCUAGCAAGCCUCUUGAUGAAGGAUGUGAUCUCUUCUGAAAGUGCUGGACCGACAACUUUUGGAGCUCGCCGACUGCUUUCCCUCGUUCACCAACGGCAUCCGUCGGCAAUUUCGAGUGCUGCUGAUGAUCUUUGUCAACAAGAUGAGACAACUAAAAGUCAAAUCGAGCAACUCAUUCUUUCCUUCUCUACUGUUGACGGGAUUUCUAAGCCUGCAGAAAGUCACGAGGUUGAUUUAAUCAUCGCAUCUAACAACGCUGAGGCCAAAGUACGCACAAUUGCGGUGAAAAAUAUCCUUUCAUCGCCUGUUGCCGGUGAAUCUUCGACAAAUCCAGAAUACAGUGCCAUGCGAUCAGCCCUUAUUGCUCGGGUUCAAGACAGUGAUGCCCAGGUCCUCGAAUCUUUAUAUGAACACCCGUCUAUCCUCAAUCCCAUUUUGUUGUCGGACCCGGAAGCAUACAUUGAUAGUUUGGCGAAUGCAAUUGCAUAUCCGGGUUCAAAACCCAAACGCAACAUUCUGCGACUUCACUUGUCAUAUCUUACCGCGCACUUCCUCAAUACAGCAAGCUCAGAGAUUCUUCAAAUGAUUUUUGAUCGCAUUUUAUUUCCGUUCUUGCUUUUUUCGAAGUCCAGACAACAUACCGCGGAACUCUUCUGGGAUGUCAUAUCCCAGAACUUUGGUGCUUCUGACUCAGCCCCGAUAUUCGAGCUGCUGGCAGGGUGCGCCGAUGUUGUGAAGGAUGCCAAAGCACAGGAAACUUCGGUUGACAGUAUGAGCAGAGUCAACUUUGCCGUAGCAGCGCGGAUAGCAGGUAAAUCAGUCCAGGAUUGUCUUGUGAUGUCACCUGAGCUUUUCUUCGUUUGCAUAGAAAACAUCAUGAGAUCGAACACAUGUUCUGUUCAUCAAGAAGCCCUCAUCAAGAAGCUACAAGAUUUGAACCCUCACGUCAAAGUCAUGGGCUACUUGAUUGCUGGAGCUCUUCUGGGGCUUUUGUCAGGGUCUCACCAACUAGCUGCUGCGUGCAAAGUUUUGCAAGUUAUGAAUUUUGAAGAACUCCGGGGCAUCGACGAUAUGCCCGAAAAUGAGACUUUGUUAAAUUUUUUCGGCCCUAGCUUCCUAGGAAACUUAAUCGUUACCAAGCCCAGCAGCAAGACGACAAUUCAUUGGUUGCAAAUCUCCCUUGUCAACUCUAUAGUUGGGAUACCACAACCCACUGGCGUGAUUUUGGAUUGGCUGAAGGAUUCAUCUAAGGAAACAGUGCAAGAAAGCGAUCAAUAUAUUUAUCUCAUGCGAGAGGUUUACAAUUUGAGCAAUAUUUCCACGACGUUACCUAUCCUUGCUUCGAACCUCCUACAAACCCUGUUCGUGAACUUAAAGUCCGAUGCUUUGGCAUUUCUUGCUGGGAUUUGGUGCACCGUUGAAAGUAUUCGGCAUGAUCUACGAAGCGUAGCCCUCCUCCAUGCAGCGGCCUUUUUAGAAGCACAUCUUCUAGAAGAUGAUGGAUUGGACUUCCAGACGAUUCUACCCUCUUUGUUGGUUUCUUUGGAAUGUCAUGAUUUGCAGACUCGCCAGGGCGCAUUGGAAUGUAUUUCACGUCUGCGCCUCUUGGCUAAUCGUAAACUGGUGGCAGUGUACAGAUUUGACACAAUAUAUGGCCAAAGUGAUCGUGCGACCUCCUUUUCCACCUCUAGUUGGCCAAUACUAAAAUGUAAUACAGGGAUCCUCCAAUAUCUAGGUCAGGAAGAUUUAACAAAGUAUCUUGAUGCCCUUGUGGAACACCGUGAUCAUUUCACGAAUGACGCGUCAUACAUUACUAUUUUUCAUGCCCAACAUCUUGCGAAAAUUGCCUCAGGCCAGAAAAAGAAUAAUGACUAUAAACGCAGAGUUCUCAGUUUCCUUCUCUCUCACAUCAAUGCUCUGUCGUCCCAGGGACCACAAACUACACUCCUGAAAUCACUCGAAGCCGUUACUGACAAGAGCAAAGUUGAAGUCCUUCUACCAACUAUUCAAAGUCUUGCAUCAUCCCUGUCAUCCUCGCGACCGGAAGAUGCAUUAUCGUCAUACUCACAAGACCUGACAAUGUGCCUUUUGGCUGUCUUCAAUACUUCGUCAGCGAAGGAUCUCAAUGACACCAACAAAACGGUUUGGAAAACCUUCACAUCGCUAAUCCGGAGUUACUUUCGGUCAGGAAUGCCACCAUGGCCGCAGGAACUUAUUGCCACAGGGCUAGAAAAUGGACUUUUCACGAGUCUAGACCACGAACGCAAGAUUGAGAUCUACAAUCUCUUCUUAGAGAUCGGCGCGCAGGAUCCAAGUUACACAUCUUGUCGACGGCUUUUGGCAAACAUAUUACAAGAUGUUCCUCUUAUGAUCCAUCUUCUCAGCUCCUUGGCUCCUGUAGCGUCAGAUGGUGGGCUGCGAGCGAGCAAGCGUGCAAAAACAACGGACCUAUCGGACGACACUAUUCCUCGCCUCACCCUUUUAGUGGAAAUUCUUGGAACAAAAUCAUUGCCGGGCUCCCUGGAUCUCAUUUCUCACCUUCUCGAAACGCUGAACAGAGUUGUUCAAUCCAUUUCCCCUAAUCAGGCUGAUGUUAGCUAUGUUGAGCAGCUGCUCAUGUCGGCUGUAGACAGCGCAGCUAGCAAGAUUGUGGUAGAUAUCCCCUUUGUUUAUCCUUGGACUUUGUUAAAUUAUCCGCAGGAGGCUCCCAAUCUAUCCCCAAGUACAAUCAGGCUGGAUAUUUUGGUCGAGGUCAUUCGCGUUGCUGAAAACCCUCAAACGUUCCAUCAAGCUCUUCUGUUGAUGGCAAGCUUAGCACGACUAGCGCCUGAUUCAGUCCUUCACAAUGUUAUGCCCGUAUUUACGUUUAUGGGAUCAAACGUCUUCCACCGUGACGAUGCCUACAGUUUCAAAGUCGUACAACAGACAAUUGAUAGCAUUGUGCCAGUCAUGGCGGCGUCUCUGAAACAAUCGCAUUCUCAAGGCCUCGACUUGUUUAUUGGGGCAAAAGACUCCCUUCGCGUCUUCACAGAUGCUGCCAAUCACGUCCCCCGCCACAGACGCAACAACUUCUUCGCUCACCUUGUUGACGUUUUGGGUUCCAUCGAGUUUUUGGCUCCAACCUGCAUGCUUCUCAUAGAAAAAGCUGCUAAUCGUAUUGUCCGUCAAAAGCCUGAUGAAAUCCGGGCCUCGUUGGCUUUACCCAUCGCCCUAAUACAGCACCAAGAGUACCAAGUCCAAGUCUCCAGUCUCAAUGAGAUCCUUCAAGAAAGUCAGCGUCUGGCAGCUCGCAUAUAUCAGCCUGAAAUUAUCAGCCCGUUGUUCCUGGAAGGCGGCAUUGAUGCGGAUCACCUGGCGUCGUCGUCCACGAUUCUCAGACGCCGAGCGCAGGCUCUGAUCACCUUCAUCGGAUAUGCGAUCAAAUCCACGCCGCAAUCGGCCCAAUCCUCAGAAGAUUCGUCCAUUAGCAGCGUCGUCUCUAAUCUCUUGACGCUAGCAACGUUGAAAGAUGUCGGAAAGUCGGCGGACACAAAAGUCGACGAGAUUUCGCAGGCAGCCCGAAACUCAAUUAGCCGCCUUUUGGAGUCAAUGUCUGCUGUCACUUUCAUUGAUUCUGUCCUGGCCAUCUUGGAGCAGGGAGAUGCCAAAGUCCUAGCGGGAACUUUAGAAUUGUUAAGCGAUCGCCUUCCUAAUAUUACGCCUAAGGCUCGGGCGGAAGUUACCCCGGCCGUGAACAAGAUAAUCGUUUCAAUCCGGAACAUAAUUACAAAGCAAAAGGAUGAUCGCGUUCUUAUCUUCUCAUUCAAGGCAUUGAGAUCCAUUGCUUCUACCCUUUGCCCCGCCGAAGAGGGUCCAUUAGCAGGUGUCGUCCAAGGUACUCUAGCUGCAGUGAAAGAUCAAUCAUUGGCGCCCUCCGCGUUGUCAGCCCUGGCUUCCAUGUCGCCCAAGCUUGGACCUCGGAUUAUCCCUUUCUUUCGUGCCAUUAUUACGCAAUGCGUUGUCACCCUUCACCAAGGAAAUAAGGCACUUGCAGAGAGUACGUUGGCUAUCCUGCAAGGCCUCUUGUCUUCAAUUCCGACCUUCUGGGGUUCUGAAGAGGUUACCCAAAUUGUGAACUUUUACAUCGAAGAUUGUUUCCAGACUUCAAAUGUUCUGUCGUCUGCUACGUCAGGCUUGAUGAAAUCUGUUGCGAAGAGGAUUCCAGCCAAAAUUCUCCUUCCUACAUUGCUUGAAUUAUGGGCGCCUUUGGAGGCUACUGUUACGGUCCGCAUUGAAGCUUAUUUUGACCUCCUCGCUCGGGCUUUACGCAACGCUGAUCGUGCUUCUAUAUCGGAACACUUGCGUGCAUUAUCCAAAGUUUUCCUGGUAGCUUUGAGUAUCGUCAAAGAGGAUAUCCAGGGGCAGACAUUUGUCAUCGCAGCUUUCAAGGAGCUCGUGAUCAAGCUAAAUGAAGCCGCGUUUAAGCCAUUGUUCCGUCGUCUUUAUGAUUGGGCAUUUGCGGGUGAAGUUGACCCUGCUCAACAGGCCACAUUCAUUCGCCUGUAUAACACUCUUCUCGAUUUCUUCAAAAAUUUGAUGAAUCCCUACAUGACAUUGUUGCUACCAGCAUUGCAUGACACCUUAAAAGCAUUCACUACUCAAACAUGCACGGAUUUCAUACUCUGGGACGGGGUUAUCCAAACCAUUACUAAAAGUCUAAGCUUUGAUGACGGAUCUUUCUGGAGAGACGAUAAGCUGCAACAAAUCUCCAUUCUCUUGGUUGAACAAGUAGAAGUCACCAGCAAGCUAAAUGAUGCAGAUGCAAAGAGGUUGCUUCAAGAUUGCCUCGGGGUACUGAUUGAGGCCGUGACAGACGAUACUCUUCUAAAAAAGAUUAAUCUCAACAUCCUCAUGCAUACGCGUUCCGAAGAUUCCAGAUCAAGACUCACUGCUCUGACUUUCUCAGAAGCACUGUGGCGCACGCACGGUGGCAAGCUACUUGGUUUUGUGGCUGAGACAACAACAUUUAUCGCGGAGUGCAGUGAGGAUGAGAAUGACAUGGUUGUAAAAGAGUCCUUCAGAUUGAAAGAUGCCGUAGAAAGUGUAGCAGGGAAGAUAGAUGGGUUAUAG